ACAGUACUGUAGAAUAGUGUAAUGAUAUUAAUAAUUAUAUGAUAAUACCCAUUGAAUUCAUAUAUUAGUGACAAACAUGUGAUAAAUGUUUUUCGGUGUUUGACCAGUCAAUGACCGUAUAGUUGUGAACCCAAACAAACAACCAGUUAUUGUGUUUGACCACCAAAUUAAUGGCAACCGUAAUGUCAAUGAAUCGCCGAAAGUAUUCAAACGCCGUAACCAGAGUGUUGGCCACAAAUCUAGUAUUGGCUCUCAUUCUCAAGAUAUGUGUGGUCGGUGUCCACUCACGACUGGCCUCCGAACAACAACACUACGAGGACAAUGAGUUCGCUGAGUUUGAGGACAUCGAUGACGAAUUGGAUAUCAUAUCAACUGAUACUAUACGUGAUAACAGUGCUAAAGAUCCAAAUGCCAGUCCAGGAGUGGAUGAGUCAUCAUUUAAAAGAAAUUUUAACAAAGAGUCGUCCGAUGAAAGCGAGUCUACUGUUGAGGAUGAAGAAGACGACGAAGAGUUUGAGAAUGUUUCAGACAAUGAAGACAGUAGUGAGCGAACAGAGCCGACCGCCAGUGACCACAAUAAGAAACCCGAUCUCAAGAUCACUAAAGUGCCACUUCAUUUGCAGACCAAUUGGGAAAGUUAUUAUUUAGAGUUUAUUAUGAUUGCCGGUCUAGUCGUCUAUUUUGUAAACUUUAUUGCCGGAAGAAACAAGAACCAGAAAAUGGCCGACACGUGGUUUGAUAUUCACCGGGAGAUGUUGUCCGCCAACUUUGCACUGGUCGGUGACGACGGCAAAAAAGAAAUUGAAAAUCCCGGACUUAUUAAGGAAACGGAAAGUGUAUUCACUUUAUGGUGCAGCGGACGGGUAUGUGUUGAGGGUAUGUUAGUUGAGCUAAUGUUUCUCAAACGACAAGAUUUAGUUCACGUUAUCACCAAUUAUUUUAAGCCAUCUCUCGAUCAGAUUCAAAUUCGUGUGACAUUAAAUGCCGAUACAAUGGAUAGCUAUGUGUUCUGUAUUGCCAGCAAAAAGAGUGCCCAACGACUGGCCAAAGAAAUGAAUGAUAUUAAUACCUUUUGUCCCGAGAGAAAGACUCCCGACAAGUAUGGCCUAACCGGCGAUAAGUUUGUAUUACUCAAUGAGAUCGGAGAAGCGGCCGGUGUUUUGCUCGACGCUAAAGUCAUUUCACUACUUAAGAAAUACGAAGAAUGCAUUGAUUUUAUACAUUUUACUGAUCAAUAUUCGGGAUAUAAAUUAUCAGAAGACACCCCAUCGAUAAAACUUCCAGAAGUUAAACGACAGCUUAUAUUUGCCUUUAAUUUUCCCAGCAAUAGUAGCAAGAAUUACAAUGAUAUCCAGUCAAUGAAGCCAUUGCUUCAACUGGUCUUCUACUCCAUCGACAAAGUGAAACGUUUUCGUCUGUCACGUGAAGGCAAAUUGAAAGCCGAACGCAACCGACAACGGGUUCAGGAGAUGUUCCUUAAGACUACUCACUCGCAGAGACAAGAAGUGGCACAACUUAAGAGAGAAGAGAAACGUAGGGUUGAAAAGGAGAAAAUGUUGAACGAAUCGGAUCCCGAAAAACAAAGAAAAUGGGAGGAAAAGGAAUACAAACGAGAAUUGAAACGAAAAACACCGAAAAUGAAACAAUUGAAGGUUAAGGCCAUGUAAUGUGAAUGUUGUUAUGCUUCCAUUAAUAAUAUAAGACAAUGUUUUUCAAUUACGGUAAUUACCGGUAAUAAUAAUAAUUAAACGGAAUUUUGUGUUUUGUAUAAUUUGUAUUUAAUCGAAGAUUUUUUUUUUGAUGGAUAAUUGUUUUGAUUAUGUUUAGGUAUAUAAAUGAAUUAAUUUUAAAAUUGAAAUACCUUUAGUUUAAAUCGGUUUUCUAAUUUCAAAGUUAUUAAUAGAGUUAUUCAGUCAUGAAUUUAUAAGUGGUUUCUGACUUAAAGCAGUCAAUUAUAUAAGUUUACUAAUGAAUUGGUUUUUUAUAUUUUAUGUUUACAUUAAAAAAACGAGAGAAAUAUUUCAUUGAUUGUUUCGAUAGUUUUCUGUUGUUUAUAGAUUCUUAACUUUAU